CUCUAACCGGUCGGUCGGUUUCUGAAUUGAGAUCCGACAGGCAAACGUCCAAAACUUGUUUUCACAGGUUUUGUUGGGUUGCCGACAGUGAGGGCGUGCAGCUAAACCACUGCUUGCCUAAACAGAUGACCGAUCGAGUUAGAUUAUCACCGACUGCUUUCUUCUACGUGAGUGAAAGAUACUCUCUCAAGGUAAUUGAGUUGCAUGUUCUUCGUAAGUUAUCUCUGAGCCAUUUUUGAGUUGUGUAUAUCUAUAAGCAGAAGUGUAGCAAUCUUGGAGGUUAAUACUUUUCAGUUGAUGGAGAUGAGUGGCUUUAGGCCUAGUGAAUCCAACCAUGUAGCUCAGCAAAGCCGUCGUGACAAGUUGCGAGUUCAGCAUACUUCAAACCUAUCCCAUCCUCAGUCAGAUCUACCGAACAAUUCACCAGCCCAACAAAACCCAGAUAUUGUUCAAGUUCGAAAUGUCAGAAAUGCCAAUAAUCUGCUUUUUGAUCCGAGCCUCUUCUCCCCAGAACUUCUCAAUUUUUCGAUAAAUGCAAAUCAUGCAUUUGCAUCAUCAACUCAAGAUUUAGGUGACGAGAGUCCUCAAAAUUAUGGUAAUUGGAGAAGUCUAAACCCACACCAAAACUUAGAUAAUUGGGAUACCAAUUACCCAACCGGUACUACUUCAAACCACCAUAUGUAUGUCAGGGAAGUUAAUAACACAUCUCCAUCCACACCAUCACAUUUGAAGCCUAGUAUUUACCAUGGUUACCAGCAUUUUUCUUCUCCAUCUCCAAUUUACCAUAGUACACUCCAAGAUGUUGUUACACCAGCUUCUGCCGGAGGGAUCCAGCAGGAUCAGCUAGAAAUGGCUUCUUGGGCACAAGGCUAUGUAAAUCAAUCCCCUACAUUGGGAUUCGAUAACUCAAGUCCUUGGAUGGAUCGACCGAUAGGGAGUAAUCGCCAUAACUGGACUGGGGGCGAAGAAUUGAGAUGUGCUAUGAGUGAUUAUUCCAACCAACAAGGCCUGUCUCUAUCACUUUCUUCAAAUCCUCCUCCAUCACAAGGAUUGCAAGCAAGUUCAAGUAGGAAAUCGGGCGGUUACUUAUGUUCGAUGAUGAAGCCAUCAGUUAUAAGCAAAGCAUGUGGAACUACCAAGUCACUUCAAGAGUUAGUUGCGACUAGUACUGCUUCUACCAGUAGUGCUGCAUAUCAUAGAAGCACAGGUCCUCUUGGUCCUUUCACCGGAUAUGCGACGAUUUUGAAGAGUUCCAAGUUCUUGAAACCAGCACAACAGCUGUUGGAAGAGUUUUGUAGAGUAAAUGAUCAUUCAAAGGCAUUCAAAACACGCGAGGCAUCUGAGAGGAUAUCUAAGGAUCAGGCUAGUGCUUCUGCUUCUGCUUCUGCUUCUGCUUCCGUUUCAGUCUCUAAUGAUCAAGCUGCUAAUAUGACUCAAAAUUCAGUAGUUGCAAAUAAGGGGAGAAAUAAUUCUGCUGCAUCAUCCUCUGCAUUUUACGGUUCGAAUGAAAUUAGCAGUGAUGGUGGAGCUGCUGCAAGCACAUCUUCUGGGUCGUUUCAGCCGGAGUACCAACAGAAAAAGGCAAAGCUCCUAUACAUGCAGGAGGAGGUAUGCAGAAAGUACAAGCAAUAUCAUCAGCAAAUGGAAAUGGUGGUCGCCUCCUUUGAGUCAGUUUCAGGUCUCAGCUCUGCAACUCCUUACAUAUCAUUGGCUCUCAACACAGUCUCAAGACAAUUCAAAUGUCUUACUGGCUCCAUCAAAGACCAGCUCAAGCACAUAAGAAAAGCUUUGGGGGAGGAUUUCUCAUCAGCCAAGGUUGCCAGUACUACUGGCUACAAUAGUAAAAGUGAUAAGACCGUGGGCAAGCAAAAGUAUAUGGGUCUCGGCUUGCAAAAGCAUAAAGCGGCGGGUGGGCUAGAUGCCGGCUUCUCUGAACACCAACAACACGUCUGGAGGCCCCAGAGAGGCCUACCGGAUCGUUCAGUGGCCAUCCUUAGAGCAUGGCUCUUUGAUCAUUUUCUUCAUCCGUAUCCAACGGACACAGAUAAGCACAUGUUAGCCUCUCAAACAGGUUUGUCUAGAAACCAGGUUUCAAACUGGUUCAUAAAUGCUCGAGUGCGUGUUUGGAAGCCCAUGGUUGAAGAAAUACACAUGCUUGAGACUCGAGGGUCCAUGGAAGCUUGCCAAGAUCCUGGGAAAGAUGGUAUAGGUUCCUUGAGAGAUGCACCGAAUGUAGAAGUACAACAAAGUCAGGAGAUCAAGAGGUCCAGAAUAGAAUGUCAAGUUCCAUCGAGCAUGGAUAGUGCAUUGAUGGGUUUUGUGCCAUACAAUCGAAGUGGGCUUGAGGUUGGGGGACUUGCAGCUGUGUCAUUGACAUUGGGGCUCAGGCAUGGUGUGGAAAGCGUCCACCAGCAGCAGCAGCAACAACAACAACAACAACAAUUGCAUGAACAGGAUGAAUAUCAGCUUAGGCGGCAAUCUGGAGGUUACAUGAUUCAUGAUUUUGUGGGGUAAUCCACUUGUACUGAGGCAACAUUGUCCACUGAAGUAGGGCAGAAAAUAAGAGGGAGAAGGCAGCUCUCCAAUUAUCCCGGGCUCCGGUUUUGGUACACACUUUGAAGCAAUGUAGUGGUGUAUCAUCUAAGAUCAGUUCAGGUCAUUCUAACAGAUGAGCUUGAUUGGAUGAUAAUGAGCUUUAAAAGGAGCUUGGAUGAUACGUAGGGAGCUAGGGCAUUUUCUAAGAUCAAAAUAUUUAUCUGAGAGUUAACAACUUUAGUGGGGUACUAUGUGGAAGGACACUAGUCAAAUUAUUGUUCCUCGCACAGGAUUGGGAUAGAGAUUUCAGGGACAGGCGAUUCACUCCGGGUUGUCCUAGACUUUAGGACACACCAUUCCUCUAAAUGCCUCCAAGGUUGCAAUGGUAAGAAUAACAUAAACUAGUAAUGAGAGACGGCCAAACUAUUAGAGUAAAUCAAAGCCACUAAACACAAAACAAACUAGAAAACCUAAAAUGCUGAAAACUGAUAAAUUGUCGGGAGGAAGCACAGAUUUGACUCGUAACGUCGUUUCGUUCCCGGUCUCGGAGAUAUAAUAAUGAGCUUUCGUGUCUAAACCUGUAACAAACAGGGUUUAUUCUUUUUCACGAUUAAUUUGCUCUUCAACCUUCUAUGCA